AUGGCCGUUUCAGGGGUGCUCGACCUGGAUGCAACCCUCUCAUCGCUGCCUCCGGUCAAGCCUGAGAGCCUAAAACUCCGCCAUAAGAUCCGAUCAGACAUUUGUGACCCUACAGCCAAGACCCCUAUACUGGUCAUCCUCGACGACGAUCCCACAGGAACUCAGACCUGCCACGAUGUCGUCAUCCUCACAGUCUGGGAUGUGCAAAGUAUCAGUUCCACCUUGGGAGCUGUUGGUCCCGGCGGCGGCUUCUUUAUCCUGACCAAUUCGCGAGCGCUUCACCCGCCGCAGGCUCGGGAGCUUAUGAUAGAAAUCUGCGCCAAUCUCCAGUCUGCAUCUCAACAGACCGGCCUUCCGUAUGAAAUCGUGCUUCGCGGCGACUCCAUCUUGAGAGGCCACUUCCCUCUCGAGCCCGAGGCCGUGGAAGAGGUGCUUGGGCCUGCCGAUGCCUGGAUCCUAUGUCCUUUCUUCCUCCAGGGCGGAAGAUAUACCAUCGGUGAUAUUCACUACGUGGGCGAGAACAACAAGUUGAUUCCGGCUGCAGAGACGCCGUUCGCAAAAGAUGCCACGUUCGGCUACCAGAGCUCUAACCUUCGAGACUACGUCGUCGAGAAGAGUCAAGGGCAGAUUCCACAUCAGGACAUAGCAUCGGUUGAUCUGGACACCAUUCGUACUGGCGGGCCAGAUGCAGUCCUCGAGCAAGUCAUGCAGAGGCUCAACAACUCGAAGUCUCGAGUGGUCUUCGUUAUCAACGCCGCUGCGGACGAGGACAUGGAUGUCGUCGUUGCUGCCCUUCUUCAGGCGUCGCAGCGGGGGAAGCGAUUCCUCUUCCGCACAGGCGCAGCCUUCGUGUCGUCGCGACUGGGCAUCUCACCGAUCCCUCCCCUGUCUGCCCAGCAACUGGGCUUACCAGGGAGGCUUGGAGGAUUAGUCAUUGCUGGAUCGUACGUGCCCAAGACGACGGCACAGCUGGAGGCGCUCGUCGAGAAGGCUGGCGAUACCAUCACCACCAUCACACUGGAUGUGCAACGGCUGUUGAAAUCCCCUGAAGAAGGCGACGCAGACAUCCAACGCGCCAUUGGGCUCGCUUCCGAGGAGAUCCGGCGUGGUCAGGAUGUCCUGGUAAUGACGAGUAGGAAGCUCAUUGUUGGCCAAGAUGCGGUUGAGAGCUUGGAUAUCGGGUCGACAGUUGCCAAAGCGUUGGUCUCAUUCCUCCAGCAGCUCGACCAAAAGCCGCGGUACAUCAUCGCGAAGGGUGGCAUAACAUCGUCCGACAUGGCGACGAAGGGCUUGAGGAUGAAACGGGCCAUGAUUCUCGGCCAAGCUGCACCAGGCGUUCCCAUCUGGCGAUGCGAUGAGGCCACCUCAAAAUGGCCAGGACUAACUUACGUUGUGUUCCCAGGUAACGUGGGUUCCAAUGAUGGGCUUUAUGAGGUUGUUAGCCAGUGGAGGGGCAACGAGGAGAAUUAA